AGGGGAGGAGAAUCAGAGAGAGGGACCUGUCAUCCAACUUUCGUGACCAUCUAGCUGCUUUAUGUGAUUCUGAUGUCAGGUCAGGGCACUCCCACUAAUACUUAUCAGUCUUUCCACCUCUCCUCCUUCCAACCACUACUCAGUUUUAGUCCCAGUCUUGACUCUACGUUGAUCUAAGAAUUUCCAUCAAUUUCCUAUCUUCUUAAGCGUAAUAUUAAGAACUACGCUAAGGCAGCACAAAUGGCAGGAAAAUACAAGAUUGUUUUCGUCCGCCACGGCGAAUCCCAGUGGAAUUUGAAGAAUCUUUUCUGCGGUUGGUAUGAUGCAGACCUGUCGGAAGCAGGUACAGUAGAUGUAUGAUGUUCAAUUUUUUUAAAGAUGCUAACUUAACAAACUACAGCUACACUAGUCUUUGUUUCAUCGUUUUUCGAGCACUGCUGUGAAAAUAGAAGGUGCCUGUCUUAUGUCCUACUAGUCAGGAUCGAUUGCGAUUCCGCUUAUCAAUUUCAAUCUUCGUGAAAUGUAUAUGCUUCCCUCCCACUUGAAUCAAGGUGUGAAGGAGGCAGAAAAGGGAGGUGAAGCGGUCAAGGAGAGUGGCAUUGUUUUCGAUCAGGCAUAUUCGUCAGUGCUGCUGCGCGCCAACCGCACAUUGGAGCUUAUCUUAUGUCAGAAAUAGAUCAUUGCGACAACUCCUGAGAUUCGUUAUUUGCGAACCACUUCUACUGAAGAGGGAUAAAAAAAUCGGAAUUACUGGAAGAGCGACGACAACUUGUUGAUGCAAUCUUUGUGUGAUGUUGAAAAUCAGAAUCUUCGUCCGUCGUGUCAUUAGUUACUUUCCGUUCCUCUUUACUCUCCGUUCUUCUCUAACUUCUCUCGCUGGUGCUGGUCAAUCCUCUGUGCCGAUCGAGAAAUCGUGGAGAUUGAACGAGCGACACUACGGAAAUUUGACGGGUCUGGACAAGGCGGAGACAGUCGAAAAAUAUGGCGCCGAUCAGGUGCAGGUCUGGCGCCGCAGCUUCGAUACGCCACCACCAGCAAUGGAAAAAACCAAUGAGUAAAAUAAAAAUUGUUGUGACAACUCGUAUGUCAAUUAUAUAUACGUUCGUUAAUGAAAGCUUAAUACUUGAUCACGUCUUCUUUGAAUUUGAUUUGUUGGAAACCCUUCUUCGGUCCUAGUGCUGUUCGUUUCAGUUUCCCUCGUCAUACUCCCUUUCUCCAGCAGGUACUACGAGGUGAUCAGGAAUGACCCGCGGUACGCGGACCUGAAGGAAGACGAGUUUCCAUCCUGUGAGAGCUUGGAACUGACGAUCAAACGCACUUAUGGCUCUCAGGCUUAGUUCGUCUCUCCAAACGAGUGCUCUCCGCACGUGGUCAGUGACCAAAUAUUAAUAGUUUCGCUCUUACCCGUACGUAGUCUGUCAGGGACCAAAUAUUAAUAGUUUCGCUCUUAUAGAAGAAGUUUCAUCUGAGAACUACAUGAAGGUUGACUUCUGUGAUACACUUACUUUGAAAACUAUUUUUUCGUCUGAAAGACUUUUCGGUACUAGACUGAGUAAUAGAGCCACCACCUAAAACGACGCUUAGUAAAGAUGUUGGACCACCGAUUAAUAGAGCUCACUCUAAGGUCCUAUGCCCUUUUGGAACGAUGUCAUCGUCCCUGCCUUGAAAGCCGGCAAGACACCUCUCGUAGCCGCUCACGGCAACUCGCUUCGCGGCAUCGUUUGUCAUCUGGACAAAAUGAGUUUAUGAAAGUAUUCAUACUCUAUUAAAUAUUAUGAUCAUGUCUAAUGUCUAAUUAUGGUGUUGAACAAGGUGUUGUUGGAGCUGCAUGGUGUAAUUCUUCAGCUUGAGCUGCUAGUAUUUGAGUAGGGUAGGUUUUUCCGUGCUAGUAUUGUGCUAUGGACUUUUUUCUAUUGUACUAAUAUGGAUGUACUAAUAUGGAAUGAAUAAAGUAUUGUACUAAUAAAUAUGGAAUGAAGGUUUUUCCGUGCUAUUGUACUGUGGAAUGAAAUCGACAACGACACAGAUUUCUCCUUCUCUAAUCACGAACGAGGAGAUCAUGGAGUUGAAUCUGCCUACUGGAAUCCCCUUCGUCUACGAACUGGACGAAAACUUCCAGCCGGUCGUUAGCAUGAAGUUUCUGGGAGACGAGGAGACGGUUGCAGCGGCAAUCGAGAAAGUGAAAAAUCAGACCAAAAAGAAGUAAGAAUUAUCGAGAAGACUAGUAGUGUUGGAAAAAUACAAAUAGCAAUACUUCUUCAGCUGCUAGUUGUACUAGAUGAAAAAUACAAAUUUCCUUCUUCAGGGGAUCAUGAAGAGAAAAGACUAGUCCUGAGAAGAAGCAGUGAAGAAAAGAACUGGAAGUAGAAGCCUUGGUCUCCAGAAUCGAUACGGCAUCUCGAUCCCCUCUGGAGUUAAACGAAUAGCGGCACUGCGAGAACGAGACAGCUGACGCAAGAAAAUUACUAGAGUAGAGAGGAAAGCGUAGUUGAAACUAGAUUCCUGCUGAGUUUUAUGUUGUCUACUCAUGCAGACUGGCUAGACGAGACAUGGUUACGUACUAAAUUUUUUAAAACCCGACUGAUUUAUCUUUGACCUCAAAAAUCCCACAUGAAAAAACGCACACUCACUUAAGGCAUCACCCCCCCACAACUGCUCGAGCUUGAGAUAUUUUCCUCUAUUUUCCGUCCCUCGUGCUCUGGCACAGUUCUUCAAAGCAGAUUUUUAGAACUUCAAAGCACGCAGAUGUCUUCGUCGUCUCCAUCAAAAUCCUAUCUCCAAGGGAGAAAUAGGAAAGACAUGGAUCUCCACGAGCACUAGGACAUCCGACUGUUCUGAUUGUUUGGUACCACGACCACUAAGGACAUCCAACAGUUUAGGACCACGACCUGAGAUUCACACCUGAGAUUCAGGACCACGACCACCAAAUUGGUUGAUGGCAUCAAAAAAGAAUGGUGGAGGCCGGAGUGAGACACAUUUGGACUCAUAAGACUAAGACCUGAAGUCUGGG